AUGGCUAAACACAUAUGGAGUAUUCUUACCAAAAGGGAGUCUAUCUGGGUGAAAUGGAUUCAUGACCACAAGCUUAGAGGAAGAAAUUUCUGGGAGGUGCCAUGUAGAGGAAGUAUGAGUUGGGGGUGGCGUAAAUUGUUAUCCAUCCGAAACAUCAUUCGGCCUCAUGUUUGGUCGGCUAUCAAGAGCGGGUCCCAAACGAAUAUUUGGAGUGACAUGUGGUGUUCGAGUAGUCCUCUCAUUUCGUUCAUCUCGCCUAGAAACAUAGCGAAUGCUGGUUUCUCGCUUAGAUCAACAGUUGCGGAUUUGAUUGAUCAGGAUGGUCACUGGAGAUGGCCUCAAGCUUGGCUGGAUCUUUUUCCAGUCUUAAUCACAAUAGCGGUUCCGACAAUUGAUCCGAAUGGUGUGGAUACUCUUGUAUGGAAAGAUGGGGAAGGUAAGAUUCAUGACUUUCAAGCGGCUAGUGUUUGGAAUACAAUCCGGAAUCGGGAAGGACAGGUGAUGUGGGCGGAUAUGGUUUGGUAUACGCAAUGUAUUCCUAGGCAUUCUUUUCACCUUUGGUUGGCGUUUAGAAACAAGCUCAAAACGCAAGAUAGACUGGCUAUUUGGGAAGCGGGUAGUCAUACUAAUUGGAAUUUAAUGUGUUGUCCGCUGUGUAACCAUGAUAGAGAUACUCGGGAUCAUUUGUUCUUCCAAUGUUCUUUCGCAGCGAAGACAUGGAAUGAAGUUAAGAAGCUGGUUAUUUUGAGCAAUGUUAAUGAUUCAUGGUCGUCGGUCGUUGCUUGGGUGGAGCUACAUGCAAAAUCUAAGAGCGCAGAUCAUAUUGUGUGCAAACUUUUGAUUGCGGCUUCGGCUUAUUAUAUUUGGCAAGAGCGGAAUAACAGGCUUUUCAAGAACAACAAAAGAACGGCUGAACAAGUGGCUGAGGUUAUUAAGUCGUCGGUUCGGUUGAAACUUAUGGGAUUCAAAUUUCGGCUUGCUUCGGCUAAGCGAAGGAUUUUCAAGAGAUGGAAGAUUGAAGAUAAUGGAGCGGACCCGGGCUAG